ACAUGCAAGUCGAGAAUAUGUAAAAAAUCGUGCUCGAAACAAUCAAUUGAAAAUGUCAACGUAAAGGCUGGAGUUGCGGACGAGCUAUUUCAAGGAGAUAUGCUUCUUUCUAAAGAACAGCAGGAGGAGAUUGCCAAGAAUAGCGAGAGUCGACCCAAACGACAAGCCUACAUUGAUAAAACCAACCCUGAUGUAAGAUGGCCACAUGUCGUCAAUUACACUCUCGACAACAGUUUAGACAAACGUACGAAAGAAGCCUUCAAGAAUGCAACGUAUUUAUGGAUGAACGACACGUGCAUUGACUUCAAGGAAGAUGAAACUGAAGAAUCUGAGGACAUUAUUCUUGUGUAUAAGGAUACGGAUGUUGGGCAGAGGUGGGCAGACACGGAGGAUGGCAGCUAA